GCGCGUGAGCGGACGCCGCAUUCAGCUUUGCUCAGCGCGCGAAGGCAGAACCCAGUUCUCGCGGGAAGAGACGUGGUUUAUUUUUGAACGAGAACUCCUAACCGCACCUUGCCGCUCAAGGGUCACAUGACUGGCGCCUGUGUCCUCGACGCAAGGUGUUUCCUGCUGCCUGUUAACUCGGCUGCAGAGUGACCCGAGGUCCGUUCCGGAAGUGGAUUCUUUAACUUAGCAACCCGUCGGCGGAAGCGUGUCACAAUCCAGCCGUCCUCCCCUGGCGGAAGUUUGUCACGUCGCAGUUGUCUCCGUACAGCGGAUGUGUGUCGCCGCUUAGGUGACGCUGGGAAGUGCUUGCAGCCGCCGCCGCUGCCUUUUGGUUGAAGCACUAUGGAGGGAGAGAGAAAGAACAACAAUAAACGGUGGUAUUUUACUCGAGAACAGCUGGAAAAUAGCCCAUCCCGUCGUUUUGGCCUGGACCCCGAUAAAGAACUUUCUUAUCGCCAGCAGGCGGCCAAUCUGCUCCAGGACAUGGGCCAACGUCUUAACGUCUCACAAUUGACCAUCAACACUGCUAUAGUGUACAUGCAUCGAUUCUACAUGAUUCAGUCCUUUACACAGUUCCAUCGAAAUUCUGUGGCUCCAGCAGCCUUAUUUUUAGCAGCCAAAGUAGAGGAGCAGCCCAAAAAAUUGGAACACGUCAUCAAGGUAGCACAUGCUUGUCUCCAUCCACAGGAAUCACUUCCUGAUACUAGGAGUGAGGCUUACCUGCAACAAGUUCAAGAUCUGGUGAUAUUAGAAAGCAUAAUUCUGCAGACUUUAGGCUUUGAACUAACAAUUGAUCACCCACAUACACAUGUGGUAAAGUGCACUCAACUUGUUCGAGCAAGCAAGGACUUAGCACAGACUUCUUACUUCAUGGCAACCAACAGCCUGCAUUUGACCACAUUUAGCCUGCAGUACACACCUCCUGUGGUGGCCUGUGUCUGCAUUCAUCUGGCUUGCAAGUGGUCCAACUGGGAGAUCCCAGUCUCAACUGAUGGGAAGCACUGGUGGGAGUAUGUUGACGCCACUGUGACCUUGGAACUUUUAGAUGAACUGACACAUGAAUUUCUACAGAUUCUGGAGAAAACCCCCAACAGGCUCAAACGAAUUCGGAAUUGGAGGGCAUGCCAGGCUGCCAAGAAAACAAAAACGGAUGACCGAGGAGCAGAUGAAAACACUUCGGAGCAGACAAUCCUUAAUAUGAUUUCCCAGAGCUCUUCAGAUACAACUAUUGCAGGUUUAAUGAGUAUGUCAGCUUCUUCUACCACAAGUGCAGUGCCUUCCCUUCCAGCCACUGAAGAGUCAACCAGUAACUUAAGCAAUGUGGAGAUGUUGCCGAGUGAGCGUUGGCUGUCCUCCCACCCUCCUUUUAAGGUAGAACCUGCUCAGGGUCAUCGGACUAGUGAGAAUUUAGCACUUAUAGGAGUUGAUCAUUCCUUGCAACAGGAUGGUUCAAAUGCAUUUGUUUCCCAGAAGCAGACUAGUAAGAGUGUGCCAUCAGCUAAAGUAUCACUGAAAGAAUACCGUGCAAAGCAUGCAGAAGAGUUGGCUGCCCAGAAGAGGCAACUGGAGAACAUGGAGGCCAAUGUGAAGUCACAGUAUGCCUUCGCUGCCCAGAAUCUUCUGGCUCACCAUGAUAGCCAUUCUUCCAUCCUUCUGAAAAUGCCCACAGAGGGCUCAGAAAACCCUGAGCGGCCUUUUCUGGAAAAGACUGACAAAACGGCUCUCAAAAUGAGAAUCCCAAUGACAAGUGGAGAUAAAGCUGCCACUUCAAAACCAGAGGAGAUAAAAAUGCGCAUCAAAGUUCACACUGCCGCUGACAAGCACAAUUCUGUAGAUGACAGUGUCACAAAGAGCCGUGAGCACAAAGAAAAGCACAAGACUCACCCAUCUAAUCAUCAUCAUCAUCAUAAUCACCACUCACACAAACACUCUCACUCACAGCUUCCAGCUAGUACUGGGAACAAACGUCCAGGUGAUCCAAAACAUAGUAGCCAGACAAGCACCUUAGCACACAAACCCUAUAGCUUGUCUAGCUCUUUCUCCUCUUCCAGUUCUUCUCGUAAAAGGCCCUUCCCUGAAGAGACUGGAGGGGCAGUGUUUGAUCAUUCAGCUAAGACUGCCAAGAAUACUAAAUCCUCUUCCAUAAAUUUCUCCUUCCCUCCUCUUCCUGCAAUGGCCCAGUUGCCUGGGCAUAGCUCAGACACAAGUGGCCUUACUUUUUCACAGCCCAGCUGUAAAACUCGAGUUCCUCACAUGAAAUUGGAUAAAGGCUCCACUGGGGCCAAUGGUCACAAUGCAACCCAGACCAUAGACUAUCAAGAUACUGUGAAUAUGCUUCACUCCCUUCUCCAUGCCCAAGGCGUUCAGCCCACUCAGCCACCUGCGUUUGAAUAUGUUCAUUCUUAUGGAGAAUAUCUGAAUCCACGGGCUGGUGGAAUGUCCUCCAGACCUGGCAAUACAGACAAACCCCGGCUACCACCUCUACCAUCAGAACCUCCUCCACCACUUCCACCCCUUCCCAAGUAAAAAAGAAAAAGAGGAGAAAAAAACAUCUUUUUUUUUUUUUUUAAACUACUGAUUCUGGACUAAGAAAAUUACUUCCCUUAUGAAACAUGUCACCCUUGUUGGACUAGAAAUAAAUUUAUAUUGAGACAUGGGAAGGUGGUAGAGGGCCUUGGUUAUUAUAUCGCCUGCCUCAGAAAUUUAACUAUUUUAUUAUAGUUUUUACUGAGAGGUGAGAAUGUGUUAAAGCUGUGAAGGAUUCAGAAUACUUUCUCUGUUCUUGGCCUCUCCACCUCCUAAUUAGGUCGAUUAGAGUUGAUAUCUUCCCUCUUCUUGCCAGGACUGAAGUAUGGAGGGUUUGUUUUAUCAAACAGUUGUGGAUCCUUUUGGUGUUUAAUAUAUCAGAAGAGAGGAAGUAUUUAAAUGUCAAAAUCUUUUAAGAGACUUUAAAAAAAUAAUUUAAAGAAAGUAAGUUAUCUGUUUAGUUUUUUUAUAUAAUUGGGGAAGGGAUAGGGAUUUUGCUGUGUGUAUGAGAUACACGGCAGUGAGUCCUGAGGGGUGGGAUUGGAGGGUGGGGGGUGUGUGUGUAGUGGGGAUGGGAGGAUAGGAUUUUGGCCGUGAGUUCUGAGAUCGGCUCUGGCCACUUGAAGUGUUUCGACCUUUAAGUGUGUAUGUAAGUGUGGGUAUGUGUGUUUUAAAAUCAUGUUUUAUCUUUCCUUCCCUGUACUUCACCAUUUUUACUUCCUAACAGUCUACUAGAGAGAACACGGUGUGGCCUUUAAAACAUAAAGGAAGGAAGAGGCCUGUAUUUGACAUUUCUCUUUCUUUAUGUUGUAAUUGAGGGUAGCCUUCUAAAUUCUAGUUUGGGCAGGUGCAGCCAAUGGUCUGACUCUGGACUCCAUUAUAAAAACUUCCUUUUUACCCCCUUUUUCCUUUUGAUACAGAACAAAGGUGGGGUUGAGGAAGAAGGCUGGAGAGCUAGGCUGGCUUCUGCCCUACAGAAUUGGGUGUCCUUUUUUUCAUAUUGGGCUUUGGGAAAGUGUUCAAGUAAGAGCAGUCUCAGGGUCUCUGAAGGGUAGGGGGAUGUACUAUCCUUCCUGUGAAAGCCCAGACCAUAUGUGAGAAUAGAUCUGGGAGAAGCCAUGGAGCUAAAGGAUACUGAAAACAAUGAAAACUGUGAUUGGGAAUUUUUAGGACAUUGUAUUUUAAAUUAUAUUAUGAAUGUAAGACUUGAUUUUUAUCUGUAUAUCUGAAGGGAGGCAGCUGCAUCCUCAAUUUUUGCAGCCUAUAUGACUUCAGAGAUUGGAGCUUAUGAAUUUAACAGUGCUGGUGCCAUGAAGGUGAGCAAGCCUAGCCUUCAGAUACUGUUAUGUUUAGAUUGUGCAUCUUUGGUGGUUUUAGCUUCUAGGCAGAAGUUCUUCUGUAGAUUUCUAAGAGUCCUUUAGAAAAAUGGAUCAGGAGUCCUAUUCUAAUGGGUGCUUAAUUAUCCCAUAUUUUAGGAGUGAACAUUUUUGUUGAGGAAAGAAAUCUUUCAAGGGGCCAGAAAGAAUUCUAAGCCAAGUUGUCCAGCUGAAAAUGCCACCUAGCCACAGAUUAUUUAAUGUGAUAUUUUUUCAGUCUUCAUGGUGUUUUUUGCCAUGGAAAAGGUGAUGCAAUUUGAAUUUGUCUUCUUGAUUUUAAUGCAGCGUCUUUCACACCAAAUAUUCUUUGUAGAUAAAUUGAAUUUUUUCAUUGGUAGUCAUAGGGAGAUAGGAGUUGUACAUGUGCUGCUGCUUGCCAGGAACAGGUUGGGGAGAAAACUGAGACAGUUGGAAUUGAUGAUGCACUGGCCUAAUAUAGGAGGGAAUUCAUUCAGUAAGCCUUAACUGAAGGUGAAUUAGUGUCCUGCACUUCUGCAUAUUUGAACUGUCUGGAGUGCCUGCCAUUGCUGUGUAAAGUGAGCUCUGUGCUGAUUGAUACACCAGUAAUACUUUUGACUUGGAAUGUCACUUUACUUUUAUGGAUGACAUUUUCCUCUUUCUCCUUGAUAUUUUCUGUGUUGUGCUAGGUAAUUGGUAAUUGGUAGAUGCGUGGUGUGUUUACUAAAUUUAGGCUAUUUGUUUAGAUUUUGUUUGGCGGAGUCAGCUUUCCUUUCUGACCUUCCCGAAAGGUUAUUUAGUUUGCAUCUGUAUCUUGUGGAAUUGAUGAUCACUGAUUUAUGAAAAUGUCUUUUACAGCUUUCAGUUUUUCUCAUCAAAUGUCACAUAUUUUCUAACCACAUUCACUUUCUCACCACAGAGAUACAUAUCCACUUGGCCUCAGCAGUUCUCCAUGGCAGUCUGUAGUUCCUUAGAACUUUGUCAGGAGUGACCUUGCAAAAGUGCUUACUGGAGCCUAAGAGCUGCUUUACGCUGCAUAGUCUGGCCCUUGCACUAGUAGAUCAUUGCUGAUAUAGGUCAAUUUAGAGACUUUUUUAUAUUAGUGCCUCCUGAUACUGUUUUAAGAUACCUACAGUGUCCGCUUUUAUAUCUAUGCAUAUGUCAUGAAACUUCUUAUGGGCUCUGCAUGAAGCUGCUUACUGCAUUGUCUUUGGGUUAGCAGAUGUGCCUGUCAGCUAGCAUGCAUGUUGUCCAGAUUCCAUAAGCUUAGGCUUCAGAAGAUUGUGUGGUUUCUAAAUGCUGUGUCUUCUCUUACCCUCACCACUUCAAAGGGUGAGAAACAGGAUUUAUACAUGCAAAGUUAGUCUAGUAAACAGGGCUUUUUUCCCCCUCCUUUUAACCUUAUCAAGGGUAAGUGGUGGUAAGCAGGCCUGGAGCCUCAAGUUCUGUAAAUUUCAUUCCUAUAACUUUGCUUGAAUCUCAUGUUGGCAAAAACAAAUACCUGUGAAUUGUCAUUAGGGCUUUUAAUCAGAUACCUGUGUUGCUGUUAGCUGAACUCUAGUGAAGCAUUAAUCUAAAGCUACAUUGGUCUUCUGAAGUAUCAGUUAUGCGUUUUGGGUUUAGAAAAUAUGUAGGAAUUAGUCUAGUCUUUUCACUUGAAUCAAUGUGUUUCCAUAUCUGAGACCCUCAGCUUCCUCUUUUUUUUUUAAAUGAUUUUAGUGUUUUGAUUUAAUGUAUCCUUUUACAUAGUUCUGUAUUAUUGGCUUCACCAGUAUUGAUAGAAAAAUUUAAAUCUCCAGUUGGAAACAGCAAUGGAUUAGGAUAUAGAAACAAAAUCAUGGUAACAUCAGUGCUGGAUUUACUUAAGCCUCUGCUACUUAAUUCCCCAUGUUGAAAAUCCAUACCCCUUAUGCCUUGUUUCUGGACAAAGGCAAUUAGAGGAGUCUUAUCCCAGUAUGGUUGGAUUUUAAACAUAUCUGUGUUUCCCCCGCAGAAACACAGGACUGUGGGAACUUGGGAACUGAUUAAAUUUUAAAAGGAUUAGUCCUUUGUUGAUGAUCUGUUUUGAUACUAAUGCCAGGAAAAGGGAUUCUAGGACAUCUUGAAGUUGGAAUACAAAUAUUAUUCUCUUGGGUUUGGGAGAAUUUAAGCAGUCUAUGCAACCCUUCACAUGGUGAGAAAUAAGCCCUCUGCAGUCCCACGAAACUUUCAAUGACUUUGAUGCCUCCCCAAAUUUCUUGUGUUGCUGCUUGUUAACACCCAGCUUUUAACUGAGUGUUUGUUCCUGGUGGUUUAAAAAAUGUUCAUGUUUUAUCACACUGUCAAGUUUUAUCUUUUUAUCCCUCUGUGGGAUAAAAAGCAUGGUACUAUAAUCCUGCCUGAUAGAGUGGUCUGGAGUGAGAAUUAUUUUUUAAGUGGGAGACCAUUCCAUUUUAAUGUUUCUAAAGUUUUUAGCAUGAACUUGGCAUUGGAAAAGGGAGGGCAAAAAAGGAACGUUUACUAAAAAGUGGUGUCUACUCUUCCCCUUUAUGAGUGUGUAUUCGUGGUGAAGAGAAGAGAAAGACUUGAGAGCAUGCUAAUUGAAGCCAGAGCAAGUAUGUCUUCAUCGGGUUAUCAGGAACUCUUCAGUUGAAAGCUGAGGCCUUAACUGAUUAGUGGUUGAUCACAUUGGAAUUGGUUAUAAGAUGGAAGUGCUGGCUGGGUUAAGCACCCAAAGAAAAGAAUGCAGCCCACUAACUUAGUGUUAACCUAGGUUUCUGGAUUUGAAACUGACCUCCCCACCCUACUCCACACACCUAAAACUGUUUUCUUAUCAGACCAAAGAGCAAAGAAGGAAAAAAAAAAAGUAAAACACUUUUCCAAUCUAUGUCACUCAGGUACAAUUUUGUGGUGAUAUUUUUGUCUGUUUUCUUUGUAUUGCUCUUAAGAGCCCUUUCUCAGCAUAUUAUUCUGUUCUUGCCUCUGUCCUCCUUGGGGCACCUCAGUUCUGGAUGCUACCCCUGGGAUCUCUACUGCUGUUAUGUGAAUGGUAAGAUAUAAGUGACCAUUAUAGUAAGGGCUCUUUGUAAAACAUUAAAAAAAUUUUUUUAAAAAUUUAAAAAAGGAUGUUGUAUACAUUUUAUAGUCUGGCUAUCAGUUUGAUAUCUUGCUGUCAAGUAUGUUUCUCAAUCUGUAUUUAUCCAUCCCAUCAAUAAAUGUUAAUGAUAAAACAA